AUGCACGCAGCGGAGAUUGUCAAGGCGAUCGAGCCUCUCAAAGGCAGCGUGGUGGCGAUCAAGACCGUACAAGAGACUCGACCUAUAGAAGACUUUGCUGAUGCGUUCAUUGCGGAGAUCAAUGUCAAGUCCGCUUCAAAAGUCAUCAAAGCUCUCGACUCCGCUUUUCCCCGCGAUGAGAGCCUUCCGAUGAGCCAUCUGCGCCGAUUCGCAAAGCGCAACAUGAUCCCGCAGGAACUGCUUGCCGCUAUCGAGGCUGUGAGCCCUCCAGACUUGCAUGAUGGCCAGACUUUGUUCGUCAUGAUCCCACCCCCUUUACCUGACGCAGAAGCUCUGCGAAAGCUGCUCGCGCAAUUUGCUCCGCAACCUCGCCGCCGUAACUCUUCAACGCCCCCUCGUCCUGAUCUGGCUACUUUACAACCCGAAGCUGCACUGUCCGAUUCGCCCUCGGCAGCUCAAGCUUCCACAAGCUCGACCUCCCCCGAACCCCAGAUUCCUCAAAUCAGUCUUGUUAAGACGCGAGUUCCUAUUUACCCGCCUUUCAACAUCUCACAAGCCGACCAAUGGACGAAGACAAUGUGGCCCGUGGUGUUCAAUCCUGCUGCACCCCGCUCGAAUGUCUCGCCUCCCCCACAGAUAUUGAGUCGCACCCGCGAAGCCAUCGAGCCAAGAGCAGGUCACUUCUUGGCACUAGCGCGCAAAGUCGCCGAAGAAGCUCACACGUCCGGUCGCGGUCGGGCUGUAGGCGCCGUUGUCGUGGAUCCGGCCAUCGAAAGCGAGCUUGAGAGCAUAGCAUGGGACAAAGACAGUGAUCCAACCGAGCACUGGAUGGACGCUGUGGUUGCUGUUGCUGGCGAUGUCCGAUAUGCUCGCCCAGAAGCCGCCCACAAAUUCAGUGAAACAAACAAAACUCUAGGCGACGAGACCUCCCAAACAACAUCCGGCUACAACCCCGACACUGAAGGAGGGCCGGAUUUGCAUGCCUUGAUGCGCGCAGCGGAGUUUAUUGCCCGCCGACGCCGCCAACAAGAUGAAGAAUUAGCUGAGACACCGGAACCAGCACUUCCUGUGGUGUUGACAGACCCACAGCUGUCUAAUCAGCUCAGCCCACUUGAGUCCUACUUCCUCAACGAAACCAGCAGACUCACCCAGGGCCCAGAGCCAGAUCAAUGGCCAACCUCAAACUUGUCGCCCAAAAAGCGUAAGCACGGCGAUUCAGGCGCAGGAUGGGCAGACGAGCCACAGGUUUCAUCUUGCUCAACUGCACCUUCCACCGCCCCCUCUGGCGAGAAAAAUCUCUCGGCCCGCACCGAAGAUGGCUCAUGCUCAGCUGUCGACUACAACGAAGACGGACCUUCAUCCCCCGGCUCACGCAUCCGCACCCGCUCUGAGGGCGGAUAUCUGUGCACAGGGCUAGAUAUUUAUCUUACCCACGAGCCGUGCGUGUGCUGCUCAAUGGGCAUACUUCUAUCUCGCUUCCGUGCCGUGAUUUAUCCUCGUACUGGCCGUCUCCCGAGCGGCGGCAUUGCCUCCGAGCCCAUCGUCAGGCCCACUCGCGAUGAGCAUGCUUCUAAAGAAGAGAAAGAAGAGCACCAUGGUGAGGACCGCGAGUACUACGGGCUUCAUUGGCGCAAAGAGCUCAAUUGGCGUGCGCUGGGCUACGAAUUCGUCGAGACUGAGCUUAACGAGGCGGGCGAAGGAGCCACAGCUUUGACCAAAGAUGGCAGCCAGGAGGAUGUUAUUUUCCAUGCUUGA